UUUUAUGUGGCUUGGAAAAACACUGAACACGUCAAAGGAUUUAGUUGUGUUUCUCAAAUCCCACAUCUCAAUACUAUGUACAAAUAUUAUCUUGUUGGAACCAUUUUUACAAAAAAAUUGCAAAAAAAUUGUUGUCACCAAAAACACACUCACUCAUUCUUUCUUCACACUGGCUUGGCUUCAAUAAUCUCUACACUUUUCAUAUUCACAAAUCAAUACAAACAUGAAAAAAGCAUUGCAAUCUUUUUCUAAAGUGGUGGCAUGGCAUAGAAAUCUAAGAAAAACAUUGCAUUUUCAUUCUUUUUCUUCUCCACCUUCUUGUACUUUUCUUGGCCCAAAUCUUCCUGAUGUUUGGGUACCCAAAGAGAACACUUCUCCUCAUACCCUUUUGCAAGAAAAUUUCCAAUGGACAAAUGAUGGCCGCAGUGCUGCAAUUCUUGAAGGUAAAACAAUUGCCAAACACAUAAAAAUGGAAGUGACUGAUGAAAUAAGUAGGAUGAAGAGUGAGAUUGGAAAGUUUCCUAAAUUGGCUGUGGUUUUGGUUGGUGAUAGAAGAGACUCUCACACUUUCAUUCAUAUUAAGUUGAAAGCUUGUGAUAAAGUUGGAAUUGAAACUGUGGUUUCUCAGUUGCCAGAAAAUUGCACUGAAAAUGAACUGCUUGAUGUUGUUUCUAGUUUCAAUGAUGAUCAAGAUGUGCAUGGCAUUGUUGUGCAACUCCCUCUACCUCAACAUCUCGACGAGGAAAGAAUUAUGAACAUUGUGAAUCCUGAAAAGGAUGUGGAUGGAUUUCAUCCUUUAAACAUAGGAAAUCUUGCAAUAAGAGGAAGAAAACCGUUCUUUAUCCCUUGUGCUUCCAAGAGCUGCAUUGAGUUGUUACUUAGUCAUGGUGUCGAAAUUCGUGGAAAAAGAGUUGUAAUAAUUGGAAGAAGUAAAAUUGCAGGGUUACCAACUUCCUUACUAUUGCAGAGGCACCACGCGACGGUCAGCUUGGUACAUUCGUACACAACGAAACCCGAAGAAAUAACGGCUGAAGCGGACAUUGUGGUCGCAGAUGUUGGAAUCCCUAAUGUUGUUCGUGGUAAUUGGAUAAAGAAAGGAGCUGUGGUCAUUGACUUGGGAACAAAUCAAGUUAAGGAUCCCAACAGCCAAGUGUUCCGUCUCACCGGAGAUGUUUGCUUUGAAGAAGCAGUCAAGGUGGCAUCGGCCAUUACCCCGGUUCCCGGAGGCGUAGGACCGGUUACAAUAUCAAUGCUCCUCUCCAACACGCUCGAUUCUGCGAAACGUGCGUUUGGAAUGGUUUGAAUAAAUUGGUUGUGUCUCCAUGCUAUACAAGUGAAUUAAUCAAACCAAUAUCAUCACAUUGCCUGAAUGGCCAAAUAUUCUUUCAUUGAGUGAGAGAAUGCAUUUUGUCACUUAAAAUUUCUUGAAUUUGUUGAUGCUAACUUACUAUAAGAUUUGUGACAUUUCAUGAAUAUACAUCCACAAAAAAGGGUCUGCAACUAGGCUCUUUUUUUUUUUUUUGCUUCAUUGUUUUGUUGGUUCAAACUCACCUCUUUCAACCACUAGUGAAGCGUCAACCCUUCUGAUCAAAGACGUGUGUGUCGUUCGGUAUCAACGUGUCAAUGUCGUUCGUUGUCUGUGUUUGUGUCAAUGUUUUGUAGCUUUCAACAACAAAAAAGACAAUAUGAAGGUGCAAUUUUGAUGGUUUUGCUCUUUAUGUUGUA